AUGAUUCGACCCAGGAUCGAACUGGGGACGUUCUGCCUGACAGAAUACUUUUACACUCCUCCAGGAGACGAUGGAAUUACUGGCAAAGUUUUAAAGAUGGCAUGGCUGAAUAAAGACUUUAAGGAAAGGUUUUUCAAGCUUCUCCAAGCUUGUGUGAAGUUUGGAUACCACCCAAAAGUCUGGAGACAUGGCAUUAUUGUUGUUAUACCUAAACCUAAGAAACCUGACUAUUCAAAGCCAAGAGCAUACCGACCAAUUUCCUUACUUAAGAUUCCAUCUAAAGUACUGGAAAAAAUUAUACAAAAAAGAAUGACCAAGCUUACAACACACUUACUUCCACCAGAGCAAUAUGGGGGAAGACAAGGUUAUUGUGCUACUGAUGCUGUUUUGGAACUUGUCCAAAGAAUUGAAACUAGUAAAGAAAAAAUUUCAGCUAUGCUCAUUGAUAUUCAAGGAGCUUUUGAUAAUGUUAACAGAAAUAUAUUGGCACACACAAUGGAGGAUAUGAAACUACCCAAAGCACUUAUAAACUGGACGUACCAAUUUGUAAGUGAAAGAGAAGCUAGUAUGCUCAUGGACCGAAGAAAGGAUCAGUGCAAAAAUUAG